GUCUUUUUAUCUUCUUUUUUACCACCACUUAUCAAGACUGCCAACCAUCACCAUGACGAGAUAAAACAUCACCGCCGUUAUCAACAUAUGUUUUUAUUACCUUUAUUAUCACAUACCAGGGCGGACGCGGAUAUGGUUUGGAGCAAUCGGUUUUGUUGGUUUGUGUCAUGCUGUGUCGCGUCGAUCGUGCUCCAGAUGGUCUCGGGUCCUUUUCUUCCUUCCUUUCUUUUCUUUUCUUUUAUUUUUCUUUCUUUUUUUUUUUUUUUUUUUUUUUUUUUGUUUUACCAUUGUGAUCUAUGCUCAACCACCGCUGCGGGUUUUUCGGUGACUGCGAGGCAAUUGUGUGUUUGAAGUCAUCGCGCGGCGAUUCUACUGGACCGAAACCCAUCCUUGGUUGUGGAGUGUAAUAAAUAAUUUGUCAUAGCAUUAUCAGCGUCAUCGUUUGCAAUACUUGAUUGGAUUUAAUAGGGUUCAUUAUUA